AUGUCAUCCACCGCCAAGAUCCGCCUGUCAACGGCAGCACUGCCGGCCGGAAGUCUGAUAGUAGUCACGGGCGCCAGUGGUUCAAUGGGAGUGUACAUCUGCGACCAGCUUCUUCAACUGAACUAUCGAGUGCGUGGCAUUUCUCGCGAUGCGAAGCGUACAGCUUGGCUUGGAGAACUGCUCUUUGAGAGACAUGGAGCAGGAAAGUUCGAACUCGCUGAAGUCCCAGAUUUCACCGCUGAAGGGGCGUUCGACAAGGUUCUUGAGGGUGCCCAUGGUGUGGUUCAUACCGCUGUUGACAAUAGUCUCGAUCUGAACCCGGACAACAUUAUCCCAAAAAUGCAAGCAGCUACGCUUGGAAUAGCCACAGCCGCUGCCAAAACACCAACUUGCAGGCGGUUGGUCUACACAUCGUCAUCCAGCGCCGUAGCUGAGCCGGCACCUGGUGUGAUACGAGAGCUCACGAUGGAUUCUUACAACGAAGAAACAGUGAGGGCAGCCUAUUCGUCCGACCUUCGGCACGAUCUAGUCGGAGGGCACACGGUAUAUGCAGCAGGCAAGGUCAAGACGGAGCAAGCUCUAUGGGAUUGGUACCGUGGCGAAACUCCUAGGCUCGUUAUGAACACAGAUCAGUGGACAGCCACCAGUGCUCCCGCCCGUACGCCCGUGGUCUCAGUCAUCCCAAGUCCUUGCUAUGGCGGCAUCUUGGAUCCCAACCAUCAGAAGUUCUCAGCUGCAAACGGCAUGCUGAAGACACUUUGGGAGGGAAAUGAGAGCGAGGAAAUCGUUAAAAUGUUUGAAGCGCAGUGGUUCUGCGAUGUCCAAGAUGUUUCGGCACUCCAUGUGGGUGCCCUGCUUCUACCAGACAUUGCAUCUGAGAGACUCUUUGCUUAUGGUGGGAAAUACACGGUGAACGAUCUCCUGGCCGCGUUCAAGGCAUUGCAGCCUGACCGGAAGUUUCCCAACCUUGUUAAGGAUAUCCAGCCGGAUCUGAGCACGGUUCCGAAUGGAAGAUCAACAGACGUCCCUAAGUCGUUGGGCUUGCCGGGCUGGAAAAGCUUGGAAGACUGCCUCCGUCCGUUGGUGUCACAGUUUGCUGAAGCGACUAAACGCCAGACACCCUGUUGA